AUGGCCCAAGGGAAAGUAUGCGUGAGCGAUGUGUGCUACCGUAUCUUGACCCAAACAUUUGGUCAUACCGCAUACAAAGGGAAACAGAAGGAAAUUGUCGAAGCUGCUGCCUCCGGUCGAGAUGUUUUGGUGGUGGCUCCAACGGGUAUGGGGAAGAGCCUAUGUUUUCAGGUGCCCGCGCUGGCCGCUGAGCACGGGACGACCAUUGUAGUCUCCCCACUCCUGGCUUUGAUGAAAAAUCAGGUCGACAACUUGCGAAGUAAAGGCGUUCCUGUCGCAGCUUUUACAUCAGAAACGACAAAAGAGGAGAAAAAAGGGAUCAUCAAAGACAUGUCGUCCAGUCGUCCAAAAAUUAGGCUGCUUUAUGUUACGCCUGAGAAACUCCUGACACAAGAGUUUCAACCUUUACUGGAGGGCUUAUUCGACGACGAACAAUUGAACCUCCUCGUCGUCGAUGAGGCGCAUUGCGUAUCCGAAUGGGGUCAUGAUUUUCGCCCAGAAUAUAGACGUAUUGGAGAGUUCCGUGAAAAGUACGUGGGCAUACCGAUAAUGGCACUCACCGCAACCGCUACGGAAGCCGUUCAAGAGGACAUCGUUCGAAGUUUGAAGAUGUCCAAAGAUAAUCUUUUCUGUGCCCUUCAUCCCUUUAAUCGUGAUAACUUGUAUUACCAGAUCAAGUAUCUUUCCGCCCCAGACGACAGAUCAAAAAUGGCCGAUGUGUUUGAUUAUAUUACGACGCUUUACAGACGGAGGGGGCGGGCGUCUUCGGGUAUAAUUUAUUGUCGGAAACGGGUGACCUGCGACGAGCUCUCGAGCUAUUUGAGGGGGAAAGGCCUCAGCGCAAGGCCAUAUCACCGCGGUAUUGGGUCUGCAACCCUAGAUGCGACGCUGAAAAGAUGGACUGGUGGAGGUUCGGGUGAAGAAGGUAGCGUGGACCUUGUAAGCUUUAGCCACAACUACGCACACAUUUCCACUGGAAUAUUCUUGAAGGUCAUUGCCACCAUCGCUUUCGGACUUGGGAUAGACAAGGGGGAUGUUAGAUACAUCAUUCAUUACGACGUCCCAAAAAGCUUUGAAGGAUAUUAUCAGGAAACUGGACGUGCUGGUCGGGACGGAUUGCCAUCGAAAUGCAUUCUGUAUUACUCUCGAGAAGAUGCGCUAUAUAGUAAACGAUUGGCGACAAUAUCAAACGCGAACCGUGUCAAGGAAGAUAAUGAGGGGCUGCCACCUACUCAGAGAGCGAUUGACAGCAUUUCUGCACUCAUUCAAUUCGCCGAGAGCAGUACAAUUUGUAGACAUGUAUCUAUCUGCCGUUAUUUCGGCGAAGCCAUUGACGUAACGGACAAAGAACUUGUCAAGACCUUCUGCAACAGAAUGUGCGAUGUCUGCAAAUACCCCAAUAAGGUACAACAGCAAAUCUCAAAUCUAUCUUCCUUGGAGCAUGCGAGUUCUCGCGUGGACGGUUAUAUCAUAAAAGCUGCUCAGAAUAACGCGCACUCGGGAGGUGACCAACAAGCUUGGCAGAAAAAUAAUCAGAGACCCCAGAGUCGAAAUUCCUUCGGGGAUAACAAGCGAACUGGUCCUGAACAGGCGGGCAAUGUCACGAAGAAAAUUAAACCUGCACUCCCAACGAUGCUUGUUACCAAACCAUUCGGAUCAGCGUCAGGUCUGAGUAAACCAUUCAAGCCACCAAGUUUCGUUCAGAAGCCACCGAAAGUUGCGCCGCCGUCAGAGUUGGAACCAGAGCCAGAGCUUGAGGUCAAUCCACCGGAGCAGAUGGACUUUAACUAUGAUAUUCCUGAUAUCGUUGAGGAUGACGAAGAUAAUCUGGAUGAGGUUUUUCGAGAAUCUUCUCCGGUAACUUUGCCUGAUGUCGAAAUGGAGUUGGAGAGCGCAUUUUCGAACAAAAUACCUGCGGAAAAGCGCGAGGAAACAUUCGACCUUAUUCGCCGUGCACUUUACAAGAUCUUCGUCGUGAAACCCAAUCAUGAAGAACUGUGGGCCAUGCUCCAACAAAGUCCCUCUGAUGGGGAUGCCAGAAAUAAUGUCCUCUUCGAGACCGCUCGAACGAUCGAAUUUUCAGUGUUUUGCCUCUGCAGCACGCUAGAAGGCUACAAGCGGCGCUCGCAUACAACGAUGGUGGCGAUCCGCUUAUUAUCUCAAGCAGAAUUUUGGCAUCGACAGGAUGCUGAUUCAGAAGACAUACGGGAGAUUACUGACAUUCUUCAGCGGCAUUGCUUAGAGAACGGGAGGAAUGGAACGGAAAGGGCAUCUUAA